AGUUGUAAUUAAAUUAAGUCGCAAAGAGAUUUUUAAAAUUAAUUGAUAUAUAAUUUUUCGUGAGCUGUCGACCUAUUAAUACUAUUUUUCGUCAUUUACAUAAGCAAAGUCUGCAAAUGAAUGUUGUAAUAUAUGAAUUCACAGAUAUUAAAAGAAAUUAAAAAAAGUUUAGAUCAUGUCCCGAAAUACUGGUCGUAUAGAUAGAUUUGCUCAAAUGAGCAAACAAGAGGAGCUAAUUGCAAAAAAACGACAAGAGAUAUUAGAUCGGCAAAGAACGAGUCAACUGGCCAAGGCGGUGGCGGAAGCCCAAAAUCUUGCAGCGAAACAAAAAAAUCCAAAUGAUACCGAAGUUGGUACUGAGCAGUCAACGCUGUUUUCCCUUUCAUCAACAAAUUCAGUGGUUUCUAUAUCGUCAGAUUUAGUGGAGAUGGAUGAGAAAAAAUUAAAGACUGAGCCUGAAUCAACUAAGCCAAUUAGUAGUAUAAUAGGAAAAACAGGUAAAAUUUCAUUUGGUGUUAAAAGAAAUCAUGCACCUGUUCCUAUAGCUGAACAACCUCAGCCCAAAGUACAGAAUUUUUUUUGUAAUGAUGGUUCCUUUUUGGAUCAUUUUAAAAAAAUUAUUGAAAAGCAUGAACAACCACAACCAUCAAUUAUUGUACAAGCCAUUAGCGAUACUGAUAUUACUGUAGAAGAUACAUGUGUAACACCAAGUGAAGAGAGUUGUGAGGAUAUUUAUCAGAGUGUCAAUCUUUUGAAUCAAGAACAAGAAGAAUCAUUAAUGCAGCAACAACAGCAUCAACAACAGCAACAACACAUUCAGCAACAAAAUCAAAUUCAAGCACAUCAUCAUUUACAAGCGCAGGCACAAUUGCACUUGCAACAGGCUCAGUGUCUUACAACUGCAAGUUCGCAACCUAUACCAGUACCCUUGCCGGUACCAGUUCCAGUAUCUGUUACAGCAACACCUGCUCAAUUUGCAUUUAAUCCUAAUAUACUACAACAACAACGACCUAAAUUAUCGAAUUUCAUACCGCAACCACACGCAUUACAAGCAGCUUUUUUUACUACAGCUCCACCUCAGUUGGUGCCACCGCCACCUCCACCAACAACACACCAGACUACAGCUUUUCCUGUGUCAAUGACAGUAGCAUCUGUUACACCUCCGCCACCACCACCUCCACCUCCGCAGAUACCGCAUUUACUAGCUAAUUUAGCUCCAAUUUAUAUGAUACCAGCUCCAGAAUCUUUACAACUGAAUGCAAUACCACCCCCGAAAGAAUUUGAUUUAAAUGCAAUUCCGAAGCCGCAAUUAAAAUUGGAAGCAAUUCACAUACCAACUGAACAUCAACAGACCAUAACAUUUUGUACUUCUUCUCCACCGCCACCACCUCCACCGCCUCAUAAACACAUUGAAGAGCAAGUGGAAGACGAACAAAGUACACUACAUGAACAAGCGCAACAUCAACAAGUUUUUUCAGACAACAGUGAAAACAAUAGCAUACAAAUGCCAACAUCUAUAGAUAAUCUAAUCGAUUUGGUAACUGAUAAUGGAGAUGAAUAUGAAGAUAAAUUACGAAUGCAUCAAAAUGAGUUGCAUCCAUCAAUGUGGUUUCUAUUUGAUAAAAAUUGCGAGGAAUACAUCAGAUACAAACACGAAUUAAUUAAACGUCGGCUAAGCAAAGAUAUUUCUCAAGAGCAAGAAGUGCAAAAUAAUUCUAAUAAUGCAGGGUGUAGUAAAAGUGUGACACAGGAGCUUAAAUUAUUAGAUGAUGAUGAAAAAUCUUCUGAAGAAUCAAUGAAUCAAUACUUAGUGCAACGUAAUAAAGCGGUUGAGAGCAGUUUUUCUGGAUUUCGUGCACAAUAUGGUGAAGAUAAAUAUGAUCCUGAAUCUGUUAUUAGUGGGGGUGAAAUUGAUUCGGAUGAUGAGUACAAACGAGGGAUGUUGGAUCGCAAUCGUGACAAUAUUAAACGACGUAUAGAAUGUCGUAAUGAAUUAAGUGAGGAAGAACGUUUGGAACGUGAAGCAGAUGAACAUGAAGACAGAAGGCAAGAUAAAAAAAAAUUGCGUAAAAGUCGUUGGGGAGAAAAAGUUAAAAUAACAGAAGAUUCUUCAUCUUCUUCAGGGCUGCCCUCUACCUUUAGCAACCAAAAUAAACCAGUUUUGUCUACUAUAACUCGAAAUGAUCCUGCACUCUUACAAUAUGCACGUCUUAAUUACGGAUCGACUGAAUUAAAUGAAGAAGACUGGCAGAAGUGUGAAGAACAUUAUAAAGUAAACUUGCUUUAUCAAGAUAUGAUACGCAAAAGGGAGGAAAUAGAUCGCUUGGCACGCAGUGGUAAAUUUAAAUAUGAAUAUGAUUCUGAUGAGGAUGUAGACGGCGGUACCUGGGAACAUAAAUUAAGAUGUGCAGAAAUGGAAGCAACACAAGCUUGGGCACAGGCAUUGACCAAACAAAGUGAAGGAAAGCAUCAUAUUGGUGAUUUUUUACCACCAGAAGAGCUAAAAAAAUUUAUGGAACAAUACGAAGCAAAGAAAAACAAUCGACAACCAGACUUAAGUGAUUAUAAAGAAUAUAAAUUAAGGGAAGACAAUAUUGGUUUUCAAAUGUUGCAAAAGUUGGGAUGGAAGGAAGGUCAAGGUCUUGGUACUGAUGGUGCAGGUAUUGUGGAUCCCGUAAACAAAGGUCCACAGCGUGAAGGUAAUCAAGGUUUAGGCGUAACUAGUAGCUCUACGCCUGAAAACUGUGACAAUGUUUAUGAUGCCUACAGAAAGCGUAUGAUGUUGGCCUACCGAUUUAGACCAAACCCAUUGAAUAAUCCAAGACGAGCAUAUUACUAAUUUAUAAGAAAGACAUAAAUUUAAAAUAUUGGUUUAUUUACAAGUCUAUAGAUAUAUAGUUUUUGCAGGCAUGUAAAAGUUGGUAAAUAUAUACAUACAAAUAUAUUAUUGAGCAUUAUUAAAAAGUUAUUUUAUAAAAUCCUUUUA